AUGGGCCUUGAGUUUGAUGGGCUUUACUUGCUGAGGAAGGCGAAUUCCCUCUGGCUAGGCAGAUGGCAACUCCAAGAAGGUGUAGUGAAGCUUCCUUCUUCCUCUGAUUGCUUCCAACAAGUGAGAGGAGGGUGGAGAGGAGAGGCCCAGAGGUCAGAGGCAGUUUUUUUUUAUAGAAGAGAUGAUUGUGGGAGCAGAGUUAGAGUUAAACCAUUAGACAGGGGUAGGAGGUUUUUUAGUAAUGGUCGAUUCAAUGAGAAGGGGAACAGAUUCAGUCACAGGCUGAGGAAUAAUUCUGUUGAGGAUCAACUUAAAGAAAGGAAGGGGAAGGGUGUCGCACAAAUUGUUUCGGAGCCUUCUAGCAGUAAAGUGGACAAGAUCCAUGACUAUGUUUGUAAACAGCCAGAAGGAAUACAUAACCAGACUGGGGACAAUGGUGUUCCAUCAACAAUUGGAGAGGAAGACAAUUAUAUUCAAGCUGAGAAAGGGCAGGAUUCUGUUCAAAUUAACGAUGAACCGAAUGAUGGUUAUGCCUCGUGUGAAGAAGUUGACCUUCUUUUUGAUAUUCUUGAUGAAGAUAUGCAAUGGCUGGAGAAAAGUGCUAUCGUUUUACUUAAAUCCAAUGUCAAUCCUUUGGAGAUCAUGGAUCUUAUUAAAGAUCAGGAUUGCUCGGUGAAGGUGAGUUUAUGGAGCAAUUUGAUGCUCAUUCUUAUAGUCGAGGAGGAAGCUUCUUUGGGAAAUUGUAUUGGCAUGGUCAAGAAUGCCUGCCUUGAUUGCAUUAUUGAAAUUGCUCCUUGGGAUACCUUCAAUUCUCAAUGGAGUGCUUUGGUAAGGAUCAACUUAUCAGAGGUUCCUCUUGAGUUAUGGCACGUCAACUUUUUCUCUGCUUUAGGCGAUCAUUUGGGGAAAUUUAUUCAAAUCGAUUCUCAAACUUCGAAUCGAAAGUGCUUUGUGACGGCAAGGCUGCAAAUCCUGGUUUCAAGUCUUUCUAACAUUCCAAAAUUGGUGGUAGGGAAGUCUUUAGGCGUUAAUUUCAAAAUUCCAGUCUCGGUAGAGACGAUGCCGCUAUUGAGAUCGACGGUGAGGGAUGGAUCUCCGGUCAGGCUUCCCCUUCAAAUUUUGAAUUGUGAUGCCCCUUCAUUGACUGCCGACAAGUACGUUGGGAAUAAGCUGUUGAUGAUUAAUGAUGUGGACAGCGAUAAGGUCUUAGAGUCGAGGGAGGCGGUGGAAUUUAAUGAUGAGAGCAGAACAAAAGUGCUUGAUGAGGAGAUCGUGGGCGAGAGUUUGCGUUUCUCUAGGAAUAUGGAUGUUUCUUUAUUUAAUAAUAAGGAUUUGGCUGUUCAUAAUUCUUGUCUACCAGAUGUGUCUGAUGAAUCUUUGGGUAGGUUUGUAGAGGAACCCAACGUGUCUGACCCGGGCCCACAUUUUUGCCACUCCAGUUCAAGCCCAACUGUGGAUAGCCCAAGUGCAGAUAUGAGAAGUGAAACCGGGCCUUGGAGAGAGGAUGGGCAUAGAGCUAUGGAGUCUAUUGGCAAAAGACUUAAAUGGAAGUCUUGUCGUAUUUGGGAUAGGAAGAAGAGGAAAAAGAGCAAGAGAGGGGUUACUAAAAUUAUUCUAGGUGAAGAAGCUAUUAUCGACUUUGAUUCAGGAAUUUCCUUAUCUGACGAGGAUAUUCGGAUGAGGAAUGAGAUUAUAUACCGAGAGGCGGAGAAGACGUUCGAUGUUAGUUCCGAUCUUGGUCUGCAAUUUUGUGAAGAAAAAAGUCAAAUUGUCUCAAGGGGUUUGGGUAGAAGAGAGAAAAGGAAAGCAAUGAAGUCGCUGGUAGUAAGGUGCCAAGCUGAUUUUUUGUUGUUGCAAGAAUCGAAGCUGGAGAAUGUCGAUGAUAGAAGUUUGAAUUCUAUCUGGGGGAAUAACAAGUUUGAGAGUAGGGUGGCUCCUGCGGUGGGACCGGCUGGCGGGUUAAUCUCAAUUUGGGAUAAAGAUUUUUUUGAUCUUAAUUUGGCUAUUGUGGAGAAUAGAUACAUCGUGUGUGUUGGGAAGUUGAAGUUGAAUGGGGUUCAGUGUUUAAUUGGGAAUAUAUAUGCGCCUAAUGAUGAACAAGGCAGGCUCAUUUUAUGGCAAGAGAUUAAAGAUCUAAAGGAGCAAUUUGAUUUACCGUGGAUACUAGGAGGUGAUUUCAACACGGUGCUGAAGAUGGAUGAAAGGGAAGGCGCUGCUCCUAAUACUCUUGGUAUUAGUUCUUUUGGAGAUUCUGUUAAUGAUAUGCAGCUUGUGGAUUUACCUUUGUUGGGUGCCAAAUUUACUUGGGGCAGCAAUAGAGAAAUUCCUUCCUUUAGCAGACUUGAUAGAUUCCUUGUUAAUUCAGAGGUUUUACUUUGUUUUCCGGAUCUUAAACAGAAGGCUAAGCCGAAAUCUCUAUCGGAUCAUAACCCAAUUCUUCUUUCAGUGGAUGACACAAAUUGGGGUCCAAAGCCUUUCAAGUUCUUCUCACAUUGGCUAGAGCAAAAAGGGUUUCAAGAACUUAUGAGUAAGGCGUGGCAUGAUUUUGAGGUGGAGGGUACUGUUGAGAAUGAUCUGAAACAGAUUCUUGUGGAGAAAAAAGCAGAGCUCUGGAAAUUGUAUAGAUUGGUGGAAAGAUCAUGGCAACAAAAGGCGAGGAUGCAGUGGUUGAGGGAUGGUGACAAGAACUCUAAAUUCUUCCAUUUGGUGGCUUCAAACAGGGCUAGAAGGAACCAUAUUGAGAAAAUUGAGAUUAAUGGCAAAACAUUUGUUCAUCCUGAAGAGGUCAAGGAAGGUAUCUCUUCUUUUUUUGAAAAGUUCUAUAAUCUGCAAAGUGCUGCAAAAGUAAUCGAAUUUGAUUGUUCCUUUAAGAAGCUUUCGAGUGAGAAGGCAGUGUGGUUAGAAAGGGUUAUUGAUGAAGUGGAGCUUUGGGAUGCCAUUAAAGCUUGUGAUGGGAAUAAGGCACUUGGCCCUGAUGGAUUCAAUUUGAGCUUUAUCAAAGAUCAGUGGGAGUCUAUAAAAGCAAAGUUGCUUGAUUUUGUCAAUAAUUUCUGUUCUGAUAGGGGUUGCAAUAGCAAUUUCAAUAACUCUUUUGUCACUUUAAUUCCAAAAUGUGAUGGAGCAUCUAAAAUUGAGCAGUACAGACCUAUUAGUUUGGUGGGUUGUCUUUAUAAGAUUAUUGCAAAAGUGUUUGCCAGAAGAAUUAGAUCUGUGAUGUCUGAGGUUAUUGGUGAUUCGCAAUUCGCUUUCAUAAAGAGUAGGCAGAUCCUUGAUUGCUCCCUUAUUGCUAAUGAGUCAGUGGAUGCCAUGAAGAAGAAAGAAGAGGGCGGUGUUUGCUUUAAGGUGGAUUUUGAGAAGGCUUAUGAUAGUGUCGAUUGGAACUUUUUAGAGUUUAUCAUGCGUAAAAUGGGUUUCGGUGAGACUUGGAUCAAAUGGAUAAUGAGAUGUGUUUCCACACCAUCUAUUUCCAUCCUUAUUAAUGGUUCGGUUGGAAGGAAUUUUUCUACUUCAAGGGGUCUGCGCCAAGGUUGUCCAUUAUCUCCGUUUCUCUUCAAUUUGAUUGAGGAAGCUUUCAGUCUUUUGAUUCAUAAAGCCUGUUCUCUUGGGUUGUUUGAAGGAGUUAAGGUGGGGAAUGUUAUGGUGUCUCACCUUCAAUACGCUGAUAACACCUUGAUUAUGUGUAAAGCAAAAGGGGAGCAAGUGAAGAAUGUGAGAAGAAUUUUAAGAUGUUUCCAGCUUGUGUCAGGAUUGAAGGUUAAUUUUGCUAAGAGUAGUUUGAUUGGGAUUAAUGCUAAUCCUGAUGUUAUUAAACAGUGGGCGGAUGAGGUUAAUUGCAAAGUUGGUUCUCUACCAUGCUCUUAUUUGGGCUUGCCUCUUGGUGCAAGACCUAAUGCUGUGGCUAUAUGGAAGCCUGUGAUUGAACGCUGCCAAAAAAAGCUUGCCACUUGGAAGGCUCGCCAUCUUUCUACUGCUGGUAGAUUAGUUCUCAUCAAAUCAGUCUUUGCUAGUUGCCCGGUGUACUUCAUGUCCCUCUUUAAUUUGCCUUGUGCUGUCAAAAUGGAACUUGAGAAAUUGAUGAGGAAAUUUCUUUGGUCAGGUUCAGAUGACAAAAGAAAAAUUCAUUAUGUGGAUUGGGAUACAAUAUGCAAGUAUAAGGAGUUUGUUGGUUUGGGCAGCAUUGAUUUGGGUUUGAGAAAUAGAGCUUUGUUAAACAAAUGGUUGUGGAGAUAUGGGAAUGAACAUGAGUCUUUAUGGCACAAAGUGAUCAUUGGUAAGAACAAGUUAGUUGAUGAUUCAAUUAUCCCAUCCGGUAAUAUUAGACAUUGCUCUGCAAUAUGGAAUGCCAUCUCGAAACCUUUGAGAAGUGGUGAUAGUUUGUCCUUGUUCACUAAGAGUGGCUUGAUGAUUUCAGUUGGUGAUGGGAAGAGAGUGAAGUUCUGGGAGGAUAAUUGGGUGAAUGGCUUAAUUCUUAAAGAAGCAUUUCCUAGAAUUUUUGCAUUGGCUGUUUCUAAAGUUGGGAAAGCUGUUGAUUUUGGUUGUUUUGAAGGGAAUGCGUGGAGGUGGAAGGUUGAGCUUAGAAGGAAUCUCUUCGAUUGGGAGAAUGAGUAG